AUGGGCGAUGAGCCCGUCGACAUCCACAAACCAUUUACAGUCGAGGAAAACAUCCGCCAGCUCAACGCGAUCGACCAAUCGAUUGUACAAUUGAUGAACCACACUGCCAAUGCUCUGAACGCUGUGUCGAUGCCCCACGCCGCAUCGGAAGUCGACGUCGCGUCACAAAAGCAAGGACUUCAGGAUGCAACUGAUGCAUUCCUCGAUGCUCUGAACAGCGUGGAGGUCCGGAUGAAGCGGCAGAUCAUGGCACUAGAGGAGGCUGGAAUUGUGAACCUCAAACCUGCGGCCAAGGGAACCAAAGUUUCGUUGAAGCCAGAUGGCAUGGGCAACGUGGGCAAAUUGGACAUUGGCUGGCUGAACAGUCGGGGGAACAAGGUGGAGCGGGAGAUGGAGGCUGAAUUGUGGUCAAAGGCGAAAGACUACCUCGAGAAAGAGAGCGAAACCUUGAAGAAGGCUUGA